CUCUUCUUCACCCAGUCACGCAGUGCAUUCUGGGGAACCGAGUUCUACGCCUUAAAUACUAAAAACACCAUCCAUCGUCAGCAAGAUGCCGUCCGUACACAAAUUACUGCUAGAGGAAGCUCUGCAGGACAGUCCGCAGACCCGCACGUUGCUCAGUGUGUUUGAAGAAGAUGCGAGCACUCUGACGGACUACAGCAACCAGCUCUUGCAGUGUAUGCAGAGAGUGUUUGGGGCCCAGAAUGAGAUGGCUCUGGCCACCGAACAGCUCUCGAAACAGUUGCUUCAGUAUGAGAAACAGAACUUUGCUCUGGGGAAAGAAGAUGAAGAGGUAAUCAGCACGCUGCACCAUUUCGCCAAAACCAUGGAAGAGCUGAACGCUCUGCAUGUUGAUUUGGCCACUCAGAUGGCUGAUAGGAUGGUGUAUCCCAUGGUGCAGUUCAGAGAGAAGGACCUGACUGAAAUAAGCACACUGAAAGAGAUAUUCGGGAUCGCCAGUGACGAGCACGAAGCCGCCAUGAUCAAAUACAGCCGACUGCCCAAGAGGAGAGAGAAUGAGAAGCUGAAAGCAGAGCUGGUUAAUGAGGUGGCCUUCUGUCGGAGGAAGCAGCACCAGGCCUCCAUGCAGUAUUACUGCGCUCUUAAUGCCUUACAGUACAGGAAGAGAGUAGCCAUGCUGGAGCCCAUGCUGGGAUACACACAAGCCCAGAUCAGCUUCUUUAAGAAAGGGAUCGAACUGGUCUCUACCAAAAUGGACAAUUUCCUGUCGUCUGUGACCAGUAUGUCUGAGAGUGUUCAGGCAGAGUUGGAUGUCGAGGCAGAGAGCAUGCGUAUGUGUCAGAAGGACCUGCUGUCAGUGGAUGAUAUAGUCUACAUGCCUGACCAAGAUCGGACUCCGGUCAACCGCACGCUCAUACAGAAAGCAGGCUACCUUAACAUUAGGAAUAAGACGGGCCUGGUGAGCACAGCCUGGGACCGGCUCUACUUCUUCACCCAGGGGGGGAACCUGAUGUGUCAGCCGCGUGGCGCUGUGGCAGGAGGCAUGGUACUGGAUCUGGACAACAGCUCCGUCAUGGCCGUCGAGUGUGAGGACAGACGCUACUGCUUUCAGAUCACCUCACCUAAUGGGAAAAUGUCCAUGAUUCUUCAAGCCGAGAGCAAAAAGGAGUACGAGGAGUGGAUCUGCACCAUUAACAACAUUUCGAGACAGAUCUACCUGACAGACAACCCUGAGGCUGUAGCCAUCAGGUUAAAUCAGACAGCCAUCCAGGCGGUCACGCCAAUCACCAGCUUCGAAAAGAGAGCAGAGGGCUCGCCGAACCCUGAAAGAGCUAAGCCAGGUGCAGUGACCACUGACAGUAUUAAGAAAGCCCCUUCUGUCCCUGAGCCUGAAGACCUGAUUGCCCCUGGGACACCAAUCCAGUUCGAUAUUGUGCUUCCCGCAUCCGAGUUCCUGGAUCAGAACAGGGCAGGAGGAAGACGCACAAACCCCUUUGGUGAGACGGAAGUGGACAGCGUUUCAGGUGAAGACGAUUCCUUGCUGCAGCAGGUAUUUGCUGUGCGUUUCCUGGGCUCUAUGGCCGUGCGCUCUGGACACACACAGCAAGUUAUCUACGAGGCCAUGAGGCAGGUGCUGGCUGCUCGGGCGAUACACAACAUCUUUAAAACCAGCGAGUCACACCUGAUGAUAACAAGCAGCUGCCUCCUGUUGAUUGACCCUCAGACGCAGGUCACUAAAAUAAGUUUCCAGCUCAGGGACGUCACCCAGUUCGCAGCGCAUAAGGAGAACAGCCGGCUCAUGGGCUUUUUGGUGGAGGGGAGAGACUGGAGUGAGGGGGAGGAGGAGGAGGGAAAGGUGUCCUUCAGGGCCUUCGUGUUUGAGAGCAACACUGAGGGAGAGAAGAUCUGCUAUACAAUAAACAUUGGAAAGGAGAUUACAGAAGCUAAGAAGGACCCGGAUGCACUGGCCAAGCUGAUGAAGUCGGUGCCUCUGAGCCGUGACGGGAAGUUCCUGCUGCUGGAGAGUGAGACAGCAGAUGCAGUGAACGGAGGAGGAGAUGAUGACUUGGAGUCAGAAGCCUGAAAGUGGUUCGGUCUUCUCCUCCUCAAAGGAUAAGAACUGAUCCAGGGUUGUUUUUGUUUAUUUCGUCUCUCUUCUACCCUAAAGAAGAUCUAGGCAUCUGAUCCUAGAUACUUACAGUACUUUACACUAGACGGACUAGACUCUUAUGUUACGGCACCUUACAGCUUUACUCUAAUACUCCAUAUGUCUCCAUGCAUAAUACCACACACCAUAAUAAGUUUUGUUCUUAUACAAAUCAUCCACAAACAGGGCUAAAGAUAGAGGUUUACAAUCAAGUUUAGAGAAGUUUGGUGAAUCAUGUCUGUUUUUCUUUGCAUUGUGUCCACAUCGUCCAGCAGCAACCUCCAGGAUUAAAGCUGAUUACUUUAGGAAGCGGACAAUAAAAGACGAUGCUGUUGAAGAGUAUUAGUGUGAGAGCUUUCUCACCUAAUCAAAGAACAGUUCAAAGUUCAGUUUCCUACACGCACUUCGUCUGACCCCUUAUCUUAAUAUAUUUGUCUGUGCAUACGUCAGGAUUAAGGAUUAUAAAUGCAGGGGGCCAUUUUAUUACUAUGGUGUACGGAAAAGUAAAAGCAGCUACUUUAAUUUGUAUAGAUUAACGAAAGAAUAUUUUUGCUAAGCACGUGGCAGUAAUAGAAAGCCUGCGUUUGAGUUUAGACGUACUGCUUGGCUCGACUCGCAACUUUCCCUGCUUCAGGCCCAGAAUUGAGCUGCACUCCCAAGAGCUACGGCUGCUGCAUGUCCAGUUGUGGAUUAUUGCACUAAUCAUAGCACAUUUUUAAUUGUAAUGUAAUAAUAACUGUAGUACUGUAUGAUAUGAUCAAUUCAGUGCGCCGAGUCACUUGCUAAUGAAGAACGAGGCUAUUUCAUCAUCUCACAUCAUUAAACUCCUUCCUCAGGUCUUUUGACUUACAGAAAAACUUUCUAAUCCUUCAUUAGGUUUUAAUGUCUAAUUAAAAAGACUCACCCAGGGUUUAGUGCUCUGUUUACAGUAAAUGACAUGCACUUUGAGGUUAAACAUCGUUUACAAAAAAAAAGAACAAUGAAAGGUGGUUUUAAAAGAAUUCAUUGCUAACAAUGAAUAGGAUUAGUAUAAUACUUGAGCUGGUUAUGUAAAAGCGGGAUACAUUUUUAGCUGAAAAGAGAUGGAGACAAUACUUUUUUUCCUUUUACAUGUAAAAUAUAACUACUAACAGCAAUUCUAUCAGCUGAAUUCAAAACCACUUUACUUCCCUGAUUCCCUGACUACAUUUCUAUUUGUUCCAAAAGGGCUUUUUUAUGUUCCUUAUCUGCUUGCUUAGCUGUUAUUGAAAGAUAGGUGUGUGUGUGUGUGUGUGUGUGUGUCUAUAUCUCUCUCUGCAGAUAUCAUUUGAUAUGAUCUGCUGCAAUCUGAGUUAUGAAGUUGUUGUACUUCAGUAUUGUAUAUAAAGGCAAAAUAUACAUAUGGAAGUUUUUCCCCCCUUUUCUCCCCCACACAGUAAUUGUUAGCUUGUGUAUGAACGCCAUCACAUCUAAACUUUAAUUGAUAAGCAUAGGAUCAGUUGGAUUUCAGGCUUUGGCUUUAUUUCGAUGAGACUAUAACAGACGCGAGUGCAUAUAAAUGUCUCUUAACGACAGCAUCCUCUGGCUAUCUGCUGUAAGCAGCAAAAGCUUAAAAAGACAAAUUCUGGCGUUUGAAGGCGGUGUGGUGUGGGAGCAGACGACUCCUAACGGUAACUCAUGUUAUUGAUGGAGCUGCUGACUAAAAGGUUUUGCACAUGGCUUUUCAUAAACAAAAACAUAACACCUUUUAAUAAAGCUCUAUUACAGUUUCAAA